AUGCAGGAGCUAGCCCUCCCGAACCUGACGCCGGACGACGCCGAAAGCCUGGCUGCUUUGCAGCUUCCCGUGCUUUCAAAACUGGAGCUGUCGCGCGUGCGCCACGCACGGUACUACAAGGACAGCGUGCUGCGGCUGCUGGUCAGCGCACCCUGGCUCAAGCGCCUGCACAGCCUCGCGAUCACCGGCUGCGUGCUGCUCCCCGACGGCCUCGCGCCGCUGGCCGCCGUCGGGCUGCCGCUGCUGGAAGAGCUUGUGGUGAAGGACUCAGCCAACGGCAACAAAGGUUCUCUUUUUGACACGGGCGGAAAUGACGGCGCAGCUGCAGCCCCAGCCGCAGCCCUGGCAGCAGCACCAGCACCAGCACUGGCACCAGCGCUGCCAUCAGCAGCAGGACCAGCACCGUUGCACCUCCCGCUCCUGCGGCGGCUGGUCCUCAUUGAGAACCGCUGCGUGUCGGGCGCCGACGUGCUACGCCUGCUGUCCGCGCAGCUCGCCCCCACUACUGAGGAGGGUGAGGGGUCGGGCAACGGCCCGGAUGCCGUUGCAGACUGCGACGCCUCCCCCUUGGAGGAGCUGGUCCUCAUGAACAACAAGCGGGGCGGCACAGACAUGCCGCAAGCGGAGGUCCUCGCGCUCAUGCGGGCGAUGGCGGCGGCGCCGCUGCGCAAGCUGCGCGGGCUGUCGAUCUCCGGCGGCGUGGGCGACAGGGUGAUCGGGGAGCUGGCGAGCGCGCCCUGGGCCGGCGGCCUCGAGCGGCUGGCGCUCGCGUGGAACGACGAGCUGGGCGCGAGCGGCGACCUGAUGCCCUGGGCGGCGCUGACGGGCGCGCCGCUGCGCGCGUUGAGGGCGCUGGACCUUUCUUACAGCUCGGGGAUGUCUGCGGGCGCCGGCGCGCUGCUGGGGACCGCGGAGUGGCUGGGGCGCCUGGAGAGCCUCAACCUCAAAGGCACGGCGCCCAAGGCGUUGGCUGCGCUGCAGGCAGAACAUGAGUUUGAUGCGUUGAAAAGCGGCGGGGCCUGCGAAAUAUUGACCGGCUGA